UCUCUGCUGCGUUUCAUGAAUCUGCUCGGAGAACUCAACAUGAGAAUAAAGCGUCGGCCCAUGCUGUUCUCGGUCCUCCUCCUCCUCCUGUCGGCCCUCGGGCCGGGAUGGAGCGGGACGCCGGACACGUCGGCCCGGAGGCCGUCCUGCACCCGCUGCGACCUGCGGCGGUCCUGUAACUGCUCACACAGCAGCUUCACCAGAGUUCCCGCUGUGACGACGCGAGUCCUGUCGCUGGAUGUGUCCUUCAACAACAUCACCGUGGUGACCAGCGAUGACCUGGCAGGCCUCAAGCUGCUCACAGCGCUCUAUCUGCAGGGUAACGGUUUAGCUUCCAUCCAGCCGUCAGCCUUCGAUUCUCUGUGGAACCUGGUGGAUCUGGAUCUGUCCGACAACCAGCUGACUGCUGUGAACCAGCGAUGGUUCAGCGGCCUGGGAGCACUGCAGAGACUCAACCUGCUCAACAACCCGUACAGCUGUCUGGGCUCUCCAGUGUUUCAGGACCUGCUCCGCCUCAGGAGGCUGGACUUCGGAGGCCCGGCCCUGGAGGAGAUCAGAAAACGAGACCUGCAUGGAGUCAACCAGCUGGAGGAGCUGUCAGUGCAUGGCAACAACCUGGCCCGAUAUGAGUCCGGCGCUUUCGCAGACAUUUGGCCUCUUGGUGAAGUCACCCUGAAGCUGCACGGCCCGUUUUUAGCCAACCCCGCCUUGGCGGCGGCCGUACUGGCAGACGUGACGUACCCGGAGACCCACGUCACCCUGGAGGAUCUCCACCUGAUCCAGAACCGGUCCAUUCAGCCCUUCACCAAGGCGGCCACACGCAGGAUCAGACAGCUGACGUUCCGUAACUUGUCCCUGACGGAUGAAGCCAUUGUGAACUUUCUGGUGGCGAUGAAUGGAGUCCCGCUCACCUACAUGUCUUUUGAAGACAUCACGCUGACAGGCGAAGGCCGGUGGGAACCAGCAGGAUGGACAGAACACGAAAGCAUCGAUGAGUUGUCUGCUCGAAAUGUUGAGAUUCUGGAUGUCUUCAAGUUCCUUUCCUUGAUGGACAUGACAUUCCUGCUGAAGUACCCCAGGAAGGGGUCCUUCAUCAACUGUGGGGUGUUCGUGAUGCCCUGCAGAACGUCGCAGCUGCUGCUCAGCCUGCAGUACCUGGACCUGUCCGACAACCUGCUGACCGACCUCACUCUGACCGAGUCCCUGUGUGACGGAGGACGGACCCUGCAGGAUCUCCGAGUCCUCAACGUCAGCGGGAACGCCCUCAAGUCUCUGUCUUUGGUCAGCCAGUUGGUGUCGAAACACUCCAAGCUAACCCACCUGGACAUCAGCAGGAACGGCUACAGCUCCAUGCCGGCCCGGUGCCCCUGGCCCGCCGCCCUCAGACACCUCAACAUCUCCAGAGCCAAGCUGACCGCCGCCACUUCCUGUCUGCCAGCCACCCUCCAGGUGCUGGAUCUGAGCUACAACCACCUGAGGUCCUUCAGUCUGCUGCUUCCCGCUCUGAGAGAACUCGACCUCAGUGGGAACAAGUUGCUCCACCUGCCUCCUGGAGGCCUCCUUCCUCAACUAGAGACCCUCACCCUGCAGUCCAACGCCUUGAUCAUGUUCCACCUGUCAGAGCUGCGUUCGUUCCGGCGCCUGGAGAACUUCCAGGCCGCGAACAACAAGUUUGUCUGCUCCUGCGACUUCGUGGCCUUCCUGCAGUCGGGCCUGGCAGGAGGCGGAGCCAUGCGGCUGACCGACGACAAGGACGCCUACGUGUGCGACUCCCCCCUGGACCUGCAGGGGCAGCCGGUGGCUCGGGUGCAUCUCUCCCUGGCCUCGUGCCAUCAGGUUGUUGUGGUGUCGGUGAGCUGUGGACUGGUGCUGUUCUCAGGAACCCUGCUGAGCGUCGCACUGUGGCGCCUCCACGCAUUGUGGUACCUGAAGAUGACUUGGGCAUGGAUCAGAGCCAAACGUGGCUCCAGGCGCAGAAACAGGCUGCGAGGAGUCCCGGGUUCAGAGGCUCUGGUCUCCUUCGAUGCCUUUGUUUCCUACAGUGAACAAGACGCCAGCUGGGUGGAGAACCUGCUGGUGCCGGAGCUGGAGGAACCCAGCGAUGCUAACCAGGAGAGCCUCCAGCACGCCGCCCGGCCGCUCACGCUCUGCCUCCACAAGCGAGACUUCCUUCCAGGACGCUGGGUCAUGGACAACAUCAUGAGCGCCAUGGAGUGCAGCCGUCGCACCAUCUUCGUCCUCUCCGAGAGCUUCGUCCGGUCCGAGUGGUGCCGUUACGAGCUGGACUUCUCCCACUUCUGGCUCCUGGAUUGCGGCGCCGGCGGGGACGACGCCAUUUUGGUCCUUCUGGAGCCGCUGUCCAAGGACGACAUCCCCAAACGCUUCUGCAAACUCCGCAAGCUGAUGAGCUCCACCACCUACCUGGAGUGGCCCCAGGACGACGGGCGGAGGCCCAAGUUCUGGAGGAGUCUGCGAGACGCUCUGCAAGCCGACGAGAACCAGUGAUCGAAAAAAGACAGACAUCACGAGAAGGAACAGAGGAAAAUACAAGAGACCAGGAAAUAGAACAGAAAGGAAGAGGAAUGUGAUGAGAUGUAACAAAAUAUCAUGAAAAUCAGUUAUACAUUUUUAAAAAAAGCAAUGUAGAGUAUAUAGAACAAUUAAAAAUAGUGGAAAGCAACAAAACUGUAACAAAAUGUAAAAAAUAAUGCAAAGUGCUCACAGACAAAAGAAUGAUUAGAAAUUUGUGGGAAGCAAUAAAAUGUAGCAUAAGAAAUAGUAACAAUGUGGUGCAGAGUAGCAAAAAAAAAUAAUUGAGGCAAACAUCAUGAAAAAUGAUGAAAUGGAACCAAAGAUAAUGAGAGGAGCCAGAAAGAACAUUAAAUUCCUGAAGUUGUGAUUAAAUCGAUAGGUAUGGUGGUGCAUGGAGCAGAGGAGACAUUUCCACUUUAAUCUCAGCAUUCUAUUUCAACUUCUUUUCCUCCAUGGAGAAAAAAAAUAUCUUAAGGUUUUAGUUUGUUUUUUCUCAAGAAAAGAAAUAUUCACAGCUGUAAACUUCCAUCUGUAAAUGCACAAUGUUUUUUUUUAACCUCCAUUUUUUCUUCUUGAAAAUAUUUUUCAUUUAUAACAUGUUUUAGGAAGCAUUUACCCCCCCCCCCCCCCCCCAAAAAAAAAAAAAAAAAGGGGGAAUCAUAUUCCCAACGAGAUUAAUAAGAGUAAUAAAAGAGACAGAAUAUUAAAGUGCCAAUUACAGUAAUGGUAAAAGAGGAAAAAUGGAACAGCUACUAAAUUGAAAAGAUACAGAUGGGAGUGGGGAGGGGGGGAGGGAGUGGGGGAGGUGGGCCUGAAACGCUGUUCAUCACAGCAGAGGGUGUUGUGAUGUCUUUUUUGUUUGUUUGUUUUUUUUUAGCCUUGAGUGGAA